AUGGCUUUCAAGCAAGACGAACCUCCCGCCUACGGCCCUCCCCCAGGUGCCCCUCAGCCCACAUACGGCGGCUACCAACAAGACCCAUACGGCCAGCAGCAACAAGGUCAAUUCCCACAGGGCGGCCAGCAGCAAGGCUACUACCAACAAGGUCCCCCUCAGAUGGGCUACUACAACCAGCAACAAGGUCCCUUUCCCGCCGGCCAGGGUCCCUAUCCUCCUCAGCAAGGCCCCUACGGACAGCCUCCCCCUCAGGGCUACUACCCCCAAGAUGAUCAGAGAGGAGGCGGUGGUGCUGGUGGCGGUAUCAUGACUGGUCUUCUCGCUGGUCUGGCGUGCUGCUGCUGUUUGGACUGCCUCUUCUAA